CCUGCCCUGGGUUUUCUCCCCCGCAGCAGAGCCUCGAAGUAUCAGAUUGCAUUUCCGGCUGCCUCUUCCCUGGGUCCCUCCGCCCCCACCCUGCACCUGUCCCUUCUGCCACUCACCCGCAUCCCCCAGCCCAGUGGACAGGAGGAGCAGACGCAGCACCUAGCUGGAGGGACAGGAUGGAGGGGCCCGUGUUAGCGCUGGGGCUGCUGGCCGCCCUGGCGGUGUGUGGCAGCUGGGGUCUCAACGAGGAGGAGCGGCUGAUCCAGCACCUGUUCAAGGAGAAGGGCUACGACAAGGAGCUCCGGCCGGUGGCUCACCCCGAGGACAGCGUGGAGAUCACACUGGCCCUCACCCUCUCCAACCUCAUCUCCCUGAAGGAAGUCGAGGAGACCCUCACCACCAACGUGUGGAUCGAGCACGGCUGGAAGGACAGCCGGCUGCAGUGGGACGCGGAGGCCUUCGGCAACAUCAGCGUGCUGCGCCUGCCCUCGCACUUGCUGUGGCUCCCGGAGAUCGUGCUGGAGAACAACAACGACGGCUCCUUCGAGAUCUCCUACUCCUGCAACAUACUGAUCUACCCUUCAGGCGCCGUGUACUGGCUGCCGCCCGCCAUCUUCCGCUCCUCCUGCCCCAUCUCCGUCACCUACUUCCCCUUCGACUGGCAGAACUGCUCCCUCAAGUUCAGCUCCCUCAAGUACACGGCCAAGGAGAUCACCCUGAGCCUGAAGCAGGAAAAAGAAGAAGACGGCCGCUCAUACCCCGUGGAGUGGAUCAUCAUCGACCCCGAGGGUUUCACAGAGAACGGGGAGUGGGAGAUCGUGCACCGGCCAGCCAGGGUCAACGUGGACCCCAGCACCCCGAUGGACAGUCCCGGCCACCAGGAUGUCACCUUCUACCUCAUCAUCCGCCGCAAGCCCCUCUUUUACAUCAUCAACAUCCUGGUGCCCUGCGUGCUCAUCUCCUUCAUGAUCAACCUGGUCUUCUACCUGCCGGCCGACUGUGGCGAGAAGACGUCGGUGGCGAUCUCGGUGCUCCUGGCCCAGUCUGUCUUCCUGCUGCUCAUCUCCAAGCGGCUGCCCCCCACGUCCAUUGCCAUCCCCCUCAUCGGCAAGUUCCUGCUCUUCGGCAUGGUGCUGGUGGCCACAGUGGUCAUAGUCUGCGUCGUCGUGCUCAACAUCCACUUCCGCACCCCCAGCACCCACGUGCUGUCCGAGGGCGUCAAGAAGCUGUUCCUAGAGACCCUGCCCAGGUUCCUGCACAUGACCCUCCCGGAGGAGGGCGGGCCCGGGCCUGGGGCCCUGGUGCGGCGGAGCAGCUCGCUGGGCUACAUCUCCAAGGCCGAGGAGUACUUCUCGCUCAAGUCCCGCAGCGACCUCAUGUUCGAGAAGCAGUCCGAGCGGCACGGGCUGGCCCGGCGCCUCACCACAGCCCGCCGGCCCCCCGCAGGGUCCGAGCAGGCCCAGCAGGAGCUGCUCAGUGAGCUGAGGCCGGCCGUGGAGGGGGCCAACUUCAUCGUCAGCCACAUGAGGGACCAGAACAACUACAGUGAGGAGAAGGACUGCUGGAACCGGGUGGCCCGCACGGUGGACCGGCUCUGCCUGUUCGUGGUGACGCCCAUCAUGGUGGUGGGCACGGCCUGGAUCUUCCUGCAGGGUGCCUACAACACCCCCCCGGCGCAGCCCUUCCCGGGGGACCCCUUCUCCUACCAGGAGCAGGACAGGCGCUUCAUCUAGAGCACACCGCCCGCCUGGCCCAGCCCUGCUCCCAGAGCAGCUCCGGUGGGGCUUUUGGCCUGAAGGGGGUGGGCCUCCAGGGGUGGUAGGAGUGCCUAAGGACGGGCCAGCUCUUCUAGGGAGGUGCCCCCGGCCCUGAGGCCCUGAGACGUGAGCCCCUCCGGCCCUGCAAGGCCGGCGUGAGACGCGCUGCUGAGACCGAGAAGAGGGGGGAGAAGGCCUGGUCCUCUGUGAAUGAAGGCAGCGGCCAGCAGAAGUCCGAGAGUGGGCACCUGCUGGCGGCUGGGGUGGGCAGGGGCCUCGUCCAGGGCCACUCAGGCUGGCCUUUGGGGG